AUGGCGUUCAGGAAAUAUCUGGAAUUACCGAUUGCUGGAGGCAGCCUUCGCGGGUCUGAGCACCGGCUAGUUGCGGACUCAGCCUACCUCCACAGGAUCACUUUGCCUAGGAGAAAAAGCCAGGUGUGCGGCUGUAGCCGCGGCGCGCUAAGACCCGCCGCGCCUCCGCGCCCCGCCCAGAGCCGCAGGGAGGGUACGCAAGCGGCGCCCGCCGUUUACGACGGGCCGGAAAGCAGUGGCCGCAGCCAACGCCGGCUGAGCCGAGUCGCUAUGGGGAAAAUCGCACUGCAGCUCAAAGCCACCCUGGAGAAUGUCACCAACCUCCGGCCCAUGGGCGAGGACUUCCGGUGGUACCUGAAGAUGAAAUGUGGCAACUGUGGUGAGAUUUCAGAGAAGUGGCAGUACAUUCGGCUGAUGGACAACGUGGCACUGAAAGGAGGCCGUGGCAGUGCCUCCAUGGUCCAGAAGUGCAAGCUGUGUUCAAGGGAAAACUCCAUUGAGAUUUUGAGCAGCACCAUCAAACCUUACAAUGCCGAAGACAACGAGAAGUUCAAGACGAUAGUGGAGUUUGAGUGCCGAGGACUUGAACCAGUCGAUUUCCAGCCCCAGGCCGGGUUUGCUGCUGAGGGUGUGGAAUCCGGGACAGUCUUCAGUGACAUUAAUCUGCAGGAAAAGGACUGGACUGACUAUGACGAAAAGGCUCAGGAGUCUGUGGGAAUCUACGAGGUCACCCACCAGUUUGUGAAGCCCUGAACCCUCUUCCUGCACACUUGCCUCUAAGAACUGAAAAGGGACAACGUGUCCCAAGCAGCACAGUGCAGAGGCUGGUCCCCUCACGUCUUGUCUCCUAGCAGCUGUCCAGGCCCUCACAGCCUGCGUGCUGGGCUGUCACAGCUUCCGGAGCCCCACCAAUAAAGCCCCUGUUUGUGCUACA